CUUGAGUUUAGCUGUUUGUAUAAAAAUAGGAAAGGAGGAGAAAAAAGUACGCGUCUUUUACUUUUAGUAAAAGGUACUCCAGUCCUUCCUUUCCGAAAUUUAAAUACAACAAUAUUCAGAUUCCAGUAGUUAUAGUAAAUGGUCGGAGAGGAUUUAAUGACGAAAUAAACAACUCAACUCUCUAUUAUAAUCAUCAUCAUCUUCAUCGUUUCCAGUGUUUUGCGUUUUUUGAAAUGACCUCAGUUCUGGCAAUCCUGAGGGACAGAAGAAAAAUAUGGUAUACAUCUUUCUUGGUAUGUUGUUUUAUUUCCCGACAUUUUAUAUACAUAAUUUUUUUUCCCCUCUCUCUCAUAUCUUUCAAGCGAGUUAAGCUUACAAUAUUCAUUUUUUUUUGUCUAAUGAUAGAAAGAGAGAGAGAGAGGGAGCAAUAAACUCAAUUAUCUAUAUAAUAUAAAAACAAGCAAACAAUAAUAUGAUGAAAUGAAUAGUAAAUUUGAUAAUAAACAAAGGAUAUUAUCGUAUCAAUGGCAUCUUCUGCGAAAACCCAAUAACUGUAGCCAUGACGGGACGGGACGGAGUACUAUGUAUAUAGUAUAUUUUUUGUCUCAACUAAAGUAGCAUUAAUUACUGUGCAUAAUUUAAUACCCGUUGACUCAUCUUCGACAACCAAUGCGGUAUUACUCUCGGCAGGAUGAACAAUUAAAAAAAAAUGAAUUGAUAAGCAUUGUUUGUAGAUUUAUAUUGUUCUUGCAAUUAAGGCCUAUAAAAAUAAUACCGUUUAAAGAGUUUGUCAUGAAUUGAAAUUCCAGUAAUUGUCAUGUUGUUGUUCUUUAAUAUCAUUUCUUAGUUCAUCAACUCUUUUUGUAUUCGAUGCAGAUUUAAU